GCGGCCGCCCGCACUCCUUGAGUGUUUGUCCCAGAGACGCCACCUAGUGUUAAGUUCACCUCAUCACCAGCCGCUGGUUCAUAGCCACACUAGUGGCAGAACUAUCUCACCGCACCGUAAUCAUCAGGAGAGGCACAUCAGGCCGUCAUACGCGUCCAUCACCGUUGGAACUCAGCGUCCAGCCAGUAAGGAAGUUUCAAGUCCGUUCCGAGGCAAGCAUACAUCGCCGGCCGCCCGCAUAGGAUGGUAGAAACUGACCCCGGGCCCAAAAAACCUCACAAUUGUGAUGUAAAAAACGACCUCCAACUAAACGGCCCAGGUUCCAAAACCGUUGACCUAGGUAUAGUACCUUCGCUGAAGACAUCAGCUAAGUGCGACGCAGAAAAAGCGCCAAACUCUGAAAAAGCUGACUUCGAGCGGGCUAUCGAAUUAACCGGCUAUGGCCGCUUCCACUACCUGCUGCUCGCCGUGUGCGGGCUGGUCAGCACCUCCGAGGAGAUGGACGUCAUCUCGAUGUCCUUCAUCUUGCCCUCGGCGCAGUGCGACCUCAACCUCACCACGUAUACCAAAGGAUGGCUGAACAGUAUAAUCUUCAUCGGGAUGAUGGUGGGCGCGUACGCGUGGGGCUCCGUGGCGGACUCGCUGGGUCGCAAGCGCGUUCUAAUCGCCAUUUCCAUCGUCAACGCGCUCGCCAUCGUCGCCUCCUCCUUCAGCCAGAACUACGAGCUAUUCAUGCUCUUCCGGUUCAUCAACGGUGCAGCGUUGGGUGGGUCCGGUCCUGUGAUUUGGUCAUACUUCGCGGAGUUCCAGCCGAAGAAGAAGCGCGGCGCCAUGCUGAGUUUCAUGGCCGCCUUCUGGACGCUCGGCAACCUGUUUGUAGCCGGUUUGGCCUGGGUCAUCAUCCCCAGCGAAAUCGGAGGAACGACAGGCGGUUUCGUCUAUAACUCUUGGCGUAUCUUCUUGCUAGUGAUGUCAAUACCGUCUUUCCUCGUCGCAGCACUUCUGUUUCUGCUGCCAGAAUCACCAAAAUUCUUGAUCACUACGGGUCGCCAUGAAGACGCUCUAGAAGUAUUCAGAGGGAUCUAUCUCAUGAACACCGGCCGCAGUAAAGAGGAGUACCCCGUGAAGCAGUUGUUAGUAGAAGUACCUUUACACAGUAAGCCAGAAAAGCAGUUAGAAGAGAAGGAGCCAAAGUCAAAGAUGCGCAGAAUGCUGAGCGACAUCAUGGAGCACAGCAAGCAACUGUUCGUGCCGCCCAUUCUCAAGUUCACAAUGAUAUCUAUCACCAUUAACUUUACAUUCCAUAUCGGCUACUACGGUCUGAUGAUGUGGUUCCCUGAGAUGUUCAACCGCUUCGACGAGUGGUCGCGCGCAAACGACAACGCGCCGGCGGACAUCUGCCAGGCGACGGCGUACGUGGUGCAGCGCGGCACGCACUCCGCCGACGCGCUCUGCGACCCUCACAUACACUCCGACGUCUUCAUGGAGUCGCUCAUCACUGUCGCCGCCGCGAUACCAUCCAAUAUCUUCGCCGUGCUCGGAAUGGACCGACUCGGAAGGAAGUUCUUCUUGGUAUUCGCGACAUUCUCUGCGGGCCUGUGCUCGGCGGCGAUGUACUUCGUGUACAACAAGACCAACAACCUGAUCGUGAGCGCCAUCUUCAGUUCGGUGAUAUCGUGCGGCAACGCCUCACUCGACUGCCUCAUCACCGAGGUCUUCCCCACCAACCUGCGUGCAACGGGUGUAGCAGUAUCAAUGGUGGCGGCGCGUCUGGGCGGCAUCAUCGGCAACGUGGUGAUCGCGGCGCUGCUGGACACUUACUGCCCCGCGCCCACCUUCAUAGUGGCCGUGCUGCUCGCAGGCGGCGGUCUCAUGUGCCUCUUCCUGCCCAACACCACCCGACAAGCUCUGCAGUAGACGACAAAUAUCGUGCCGCCAUCUUUUCAACAGAUUAAAAAAAACAACCUAACCAUUUUAUGAACUAUUCAUUUUACCAUUAUUUUAACGUUACGUUAUUGUGUAACGCAAUUUUUAACUGUAACUUUAGUUUAAUUCAGCCGUUAUUUUAAAUAGGAUUUUGUUCAAUGAACUUAAAUUAUUCAAAUUGUUUUAGGCACGAUAUCUUAGUACUGUAUUCGUCUGCGGCUCGUCUUGUGAUAAUCGUUUUAAGCAUUUGUCAUCGAACCAGUUUUCAGAUCAUUAGAAAGUAACGUAUUUGUAAAUUAUCUUUUUUUGAAUCGAUGCUUUUAUUUUAAACAGAUAGUAUAUAUCUACAGAAACCUUGUUAUGUAUAACAUACAUAUUUAUUUUUAAACAGUUUGCAAAUAAAUAAUUGUAUUUAUCGAAAGUAUUAUGUGAUGUCAAAUGCAGCUGUUAACGUGUUACGAAUUUAUAUUAUAGAUUAAAAUAUUGUUGUUAUAGUCUGUAGUUACAUAGUGGUAGUGCAUCGCAAGGAGGUUAUUGUCAAACGUUAUAACAGUUUUACCAAUACGAUUAAAUAAAUGAAAAUAGAAAAUUAAGUUAAAUGAAAUUUUUCAAUUCAUCUAGAAAUAAG